AUGAAACGACGUUCCUCUGCUAGCUUUGCUGGCAGUGGCAAUUCAAGUAACAAGCGGAGGGACACUGGCUCUAGUCUAGGAUUGAGAGGAGAGGAUUUUGGUCAAAGAGUUCCUCCUAUUUACGAUAUUAUUAAGAAUAUUCUUCAAGAGUAUCCAAGUGGCCAAAUAUUUAAGGAAGUCAUACAAAAUGCUGAUGAUGCCCGAGCCACAGAGGUCAAGUUCUAUCUUGACUAUCGUAAUCUUGAGACACUCCCCAUUUCACUACUACAAUCACAGUCAGGUGUUUCCGCUAGGGAUCAAGAAGAGUUGUCAAAGCAGUUCACUGGUCCUGCUCUUCUUUCUUAUAAUAAUGCACCUUUCAGAGAAGAAGACUGGGAAGGCAUACAGACCACUUAUCAGAGUGUAAAGGCAAAUAGCCCAAAUAAAGUUGGAAAGUUUGGAAUUGGAUUCAAUUCUGUGUAUCACAUUACUGACCUUCCAGUUAUUAUCAGUGAAGAUACAUGUGUAUUCCUGGAGCCUCAACUGUUAGUAUGGAAUAGUAAGUCUGGUCAGCGAUAUUCUUUGGAAGAUUUAAAUGAUCAUUGCCCUGAAGCUGUUGCCCCAUUCACUGGUAUUGGUGGUUUUUCUAGUGGUUUAUCUAAUUUUAAAGGGAAAACGAUUUUCAGGUUUCCCUUGCGUAACAAGCCAUCAAAAAUAUGGAGCGAAAUUUAUGAUAUUUCAAAAUUGGAAUCCCUAUUAAGUUCAUUGAAGCAAGAGGCAAAGUAUUUGUUGCUUUUUCUGAGGUCUGUUUGUUCAAUAGAAGUAUUGAAAAUUAAUGCCAGAGGUGCAAUAUCAUCAAUAUUUAAUGUGAGCAUUAGUCAAGAGCAUCGUAGCCUACACAUUCAAAAUCAGCAAAAAAUUUUGAGAGCCAUUGAAGAUCUUACAAGCAAAACAAGUAGUUUAACACUAUAUGGGCAAAUGCAUAUAGAGAGUUCUCAUUUUAAAGUUGCUGUCAAAGAUAAUGAAACUCGAAGCCAUAUUAAGCAUGAAUUUUUAGUUGUUCAUCAGGUUGGCUCAAACAAUCAGAAGGUGUGGCAACUAGCAGAAAAGCAGAAUGUUCUUCCUUGGGUUGGAGUUGCUGUUGAAUUGGUUGGAGUUGCUGUUGAAUUAAAUGAUUUAAUAAUGUCUUUUGGUCGUAUUUUUUGCGUACUACCUUUGCCAGUUGAAGACAGAUCGCCAUUUUAUGUUCAUGUUAAUGGCACUUUUGCCAUUAGCAGUAAUCGACGAUCAAUAAAGUGGGAAGCACAAGAGAGAAGACACGAUGAACAGGCAAUGUGGAACAAGAUGCUUGUUGAAGACUGCUUGCCGUUUUGUUACUUUAAGUUAAUUUCCAAAUUAAUGGAUAUGAAAUCGCCUGAGGUUUACAACUAUUGGCCUGACAUAGGAAAAGUAAGUGGUACACAAUGGAGUGGCCUACUGAAACCUUUCUACAACUUCUUAUUUGAUCACAAAAAAAUAGUUCAUACUCAAUUAGAUGGAGGAAAAUGGAUUAAUAUUUCAGAAGCUGUUUUUGCAAAUCAUGAUGUUUCAAAAGCUGUUAUUGAUGCUCUAUUGAAGUGCAAUGUUAAUUUAGUCAUAUUAAGUGGCAAUUGCAUUAAAGCUAUUAAAAAUUACUAUACUGGGGCUAAAACAGAUUUAAGUCCAGCAAUAGCAAGGUUGCACUUAAAGCACUAUGAGACAGCUUACAUUCAUGUAACAAGAAAAGAUAAACUUGAUAUUUUAAGAUAUUGUUUAGUUGACAAUAAUCAUGCUGAUUUAGUUGGUCUUUGGUUAUUACCAAUGGCUGAUGGCUCUUUUCAGGAAUUUAAAAGAGUAGCAAUUGAAUCAAGUUUUCUUUGCAGUUCUGAUUAUCCUAGCAGUUUGUUGCCUGGUGUAGAGUCUAAGCUUGUAAAAAUGUAUGAUGAAGACCAAAAAUUACAUACGAGUCUUUAUACAAUAGCACUUUAUGGUCAGACACAGCUAGUUUUACUUAAUGAAAUGGGAGUAUCUACUUUAUUAGCGGAAUGCAACACAAGAUCAUGGUCACAAGACCAAUUGCAACACUUUUGGGAGUGGCUCAAUAAAAGAAAUUUAUCCCAUUUUAAAAACAAGAAAAUUUUACCAGUAAAACUACCAUCAGGUCGCACAAAUAUUCUGGAGUUAAAAAGGCAAGCAGGAGUAGUUUAUAUCCCUCAAUUUUUGUUUGGGUCAAAUGAGCUAAUUGUUGCUAGUUUAAAAAAGUGUGGGAUGAAAUUUGCUGAUGCUCGUGAAUUUCCUUACUUGUCUCAUUCACAGCUUUCACAAUACAUAUAUCAAUUUGAUCCAAAUGGAAUAUUAGAUGCAAUCGAGUUGUUCACGUUUAGCAGUAUAAAUUUUUUGCGAACGGAGGCUUUGGCACUUCAACAAUUUUUUAAUAGUUCUAGUUUCUAUGAUUUAAAUAAGUUAUCUACAUUUAGUGAAAUGCCUCUUUUUGAAGUUUUACAAUACAGUGAUUCAACUCGCUAUUCGUUGAAUUCAAUUAAGUCAUAUACUAAUCAUGUAAUUGCUAUGAGCGGUAGGUAUGACUUUAAAACUGAUCUGAUUGAAGAUGAUCCUUUCAUCAUUGAUACCUACAGCCACAAUGAUGUGCAAUUGUUAAAAGCAUUAUGUAAUGCUAAUGUCCUUUGCUUUAUGAGUGAAACUGACUACCUUCUAAAAAUUGCAUUUCAACAGAUUAAGAGUGGAAAAUUUCAUAAUGUAGUUCCUUUUAUGCUAAGUGUUCUUGAUAAUUUUAGCAGUCCUCGUUAUAAGCAGCAAUUAACUGGUGCUUUAAAAGAUUUGCCAUUUAUUAAGACAAAAUUAUCAGGAGCAUUUAAGUCACCGUGUUAUCUAUUUGAUCCUGAAAAUGAGCUUCUUCUAAAAUUAUUCAAUGGUGAGGAUAAAUUUCCUGGGGCAGAAUUUAAACCUUAUUUGCCUAUUCUGAGAGAAUGCGGCUUAAAAUCAUCUGUAAGUGCUAGUGAAAUUUUUCAAAUAGUCAAUUCUAUUUGCUUGCAAUCCACAGAUGGUAUUGCAAAAACCAGUAGCAUAUUAUAUUCAAAAGCCAUGGCAGUUUUGCAAUAUUUAUCAUCAUUUCCUUAUUUAUUGAGACAAAAAGUAUCAGCAAAUUCAGACUCACUAUUAGUUGCUUUAAGAAGGCUCAAUGCAAAGUCCUGUUGGCUACCAGUAGCAAGUAAACAUCCUGAUGAAUAUCCUUCCUGUUUAGAGUGGAGAGGCUCACAGUAUCAGUUUUGUUUAGCUUCAGCUAAAUCUAUUGGUAAUCCAUUGAUGUUAGUAUCAGAAGACCUUGCUUCAUCUCAUUUACCAUUAAUAGCAGGCUCUCAAGCCUUUUUUGUUGAAGGAGUUCCAACUCAACUUGUGGAGCAACUGGGAAGAUCUCAAGCUCUAAUAAAAGCCAUUGCAUCUCAUUUUAAUGAGGUAAUUAAGAAUGAACAUAGAAUACGAAAAGAUCUUUUAUUGAAAAUUUCUGUUGAAACAUAUACCUAUUUACAAGAGAAUAGAGAGUUUUGCAGUGCAAAUACUUUUGCUGCUAUCGAUAAUUGGGUAUUUAUUAAAAACAAGUUUUUACACCCACAGCAAAUAGCAAUAGAAGCUAAUCCUACCUUUGAAGCAAAUUUGGAACCAUUUGUUUAUGUAUUACCAAGCAAUUUGUCUGGCUUUGCAGAUAUAUUUUCCUUACUUGGCGUAAAUCACCAAGUAACACCUCAACAGAUUUUUAAUGUUCUUCAGUCAAUAAAAUAUGCUCCUCGUAAUCAAAUAAAUGCUGCAAAAGCUUGGGCAAUAGUCACAGCUAUACUAGAAUGGCUAGCAGAAGAUACUGAUAGAAUGGGUGAUGGUGAUGUUCUUGUACCAGUUGAAAGUAAGUCCUCUUUUCCUAAUCUUAUUCCUGUUCAAGAGGUGGCCUAUACCAAUAAUGAAGUGCUUUGUAAUAUUGCCAAUGCUUCGGGUGAAGAGUAUCAUCUAAUACAUCCCAAAGUGUCUCAUUUGUCAGCAGAGCUGGGAAUAACUCCACUUAGUGAUCAACUUAACAUAACUGAAGAUAUAUUUGAUGAUGCUGGUCAACAUGAACCAAUAACAACUCGUCUUAGAAAUAUUCUAAAAGAAUAUAAAGAUGGUUUGACUAUUAUAAAAGAGAUGAUUCAAAAUGCUGAUGAUGCUGGGGCAACUGAAGUCAAUAUAUUAUAUGACAAUCGAACACAUUCAACUCAAAAUUUAAUAUUUAAAGGAAUGGCAGACAGUCAUGGUCCAGCACUGAUAGUGCACAACAAUGGUAGUUUUACUAAAGAAGACUUUGAAAACAUAACCAAACUGGCUGGUGCUACAAAAGCUAACCAGCCACUUAAAAUUGGUAAAUUUGGCAUUGGUUUUUGUUCAGUGUAUCACAUCACUGAUGUACCUUCCUUUGUUAGUGGUGAGUGGUUGUAUAUAUUUGAUCCAACACUAAAGUACCUUAAAGGGAUAGUUAUUAAUGAGAGUAGACCAGGUAAGAAAAUGAAGUAUCAGUCAAAAAUUUUUGCUAAGUCUCAGGAUUUGACACCUUAUGAAGGUUUAUUUGGCUUCAAAUCAUCAUCAGACUAUGAAGGGACAAUGUUCAGGUUUCCUUUUAGAACAAGCGCCAGUCAGAUUAGUUCUACAAUUUACAAUGAACAUCUUGUAGAAGAUAUAAAAAGAGAUUUGAUUGAGUGUGGUUCUAAAUUAUUGCUCUUUUUGCAGCAUGUUAAACAGAUCACAUUUAGUUCACUGAAAGGCAAAAAGAAAAUCAUUGAAGUCUCAAUUGAUGCUAGUAACAGUAGUAAUGAUGAUAUUCACAAAGUUGUGAUCAAGUCACCGCAUAAUAAAAGCAGCACUGAACAUUGGCUAAUAGCUAGUCAAGAAGAGCAGUGGCGACACCAGAAUAUCAUAAAACCAGCUGUGGCCUCUAUAGCAUGUCAAUUUGAUAGAAUCAACUCGAGUUGUUACAAGUGUAAGGAAAUAGAAGGAAAUGCAUUUUGUUUUUUGCCAUUAGCAUUGCCUAGUACUGGCUUACCAGUACAUGUCAGUGCUAAUUUUGCUGUUAUGAGUAACAGAAGUGGUAUUUGGACUGAAGCUUCAUCAGGUAUUGUUACUGAUUCAAGAGAGCAAUGGAACAAAAACCUAAUGGAAAUAACUAUACCAGAAGCUUAUUGCAAAUUACUUCAAAAAUUGCAAGCAAUGCACUGCUCUGGAACUUUACUUGACUAUGACUUCCAUAUGUUGUGGCCACUUGCUACAAAUCUGCACAUGAAAUAUCCAUGGGAUUUUCUUGUUACUGGCUUGAUAAAGUUGUUAUCAGAAAAAGAGCUCUUCUACUCAGCUUCUUUAAAUAAAUGGCAGACACUAGAGCAGUCUUACUUCAUUCCUUCAUCAUUAUUCUCAAUAGUUGGUAGGUAUUCCUUUCCUGAAGAGGCUCUUCAUAUUCUUCAAUUACCAGUAGUUUCCUUACCGCCUAACCAUAUGCAACAGUUAAUGAAGUUCAGUACUAGUCUGAGUGUUCUUGAUGAAGAUAAUUUUACUAGUUUCUUUUUAUCCAAUAUAGCAUCAUUUAAUGCACACAUACAAAUUCGCAAUAAAGUUAUUUUUUGUAUGUUGCUAGCUAUUGCCAUGUCACAGCAAAUAAAUUCAAAUGAAUAUGAGAACGUUAAAACCCAAAUUAAAUUAAUUCCAUGCAUCCCAUGCUCUCCUAAUGGCAUAAACUUAAAGGUAGCCAACCAACUAAUUGAUCCAGUUGUAUUUAAAGACAUAUUUGAUCCUGAAGAUGCUAUGUUUCCUUUAUCUAGCUUCUGUCAAAAUAAUUUGGUAUGUAACAUGUUAGUUGAGUUUGGAAUGAUGUCAGAGAAACUGUCAAUUCACAUUAUUAUUAGAAGUGCUAAAACAAUCGAACCAAUCAUUGUUACUGACAAAAGUAAAGCAAUGAAAAGAGUAAAAGCUAUAUUGCAAAAUAUAACUUCUCCUGUGCCUGAUGAGCUGAAGAAGAUGAGAUUUUUACCUGUUUUACCAAAGCCUCAGCAUUACUUCAUACAUUGGAAGGGUGAGGGUCAUGUGCUACUGUCUCCUUAUGGGCUAAUUUGUAAUUCACGUAGUACAGCAAGAGGCACUGCUCUCAUAGUUGGCUCUCAAAGAGCAAUACUUAAUACUAAUUCUGUCAGUGAUGGAGGUUGUGGCACUAUAGGACAAAGGGUGAUCAAGUUAUUAGAAAUUGCUACUAAGCCAUCAUUUGAUGAAGUUCUGAAACACUUAAAUACUUUGAUUCGUUCAUUCAAACCAUCUGCACCUAGAGGUCAUUAUGAAAUUAUUAAUGAAAUGUGUCGUGAAAUAUAUACUUUUUUUGAUGAAUUACUUGAUAAUCCUUUGCUUCAUGAAUCAUUAUCAAAGUAUUACAAUAAACCAUUUAUAUGGACAGGUAAAACUUUUGUUUGUCCAUGGGAUGUAGCUAUUAACUGGAAUUAUCAUGAUGGACCAUAUCUUUACAAGCUGCCAUCAAUGCUUUCUGAAAAAGAUAAACUUUUAAAGUGUUUUAAUAUUAAGACAACCUUUAACUAUGAUGACAUAUUAGUAGCUUUUGAGGCAAUGUAUAAAGAUUUUGCAUCUUGUAAAAUACUAAAAAGGAAUCAAAAUAUUGCUUUGAGCAUGAUUUCAGAGUUAAAUUCAAUGACCAUCAAUUCAUCUCAAGUUUCAAACUACAAGGGAGAUAUUAUACUUAUUGAUGAUUCAUAUACUCUUCGACAUGUAAGCCAAUUGUCCUUUAAUGAUUCACCAUGGCUACCACCAGACAAUGAGAGCUUUUAUGUACACAAUAAACUAACUCGAGAAGUAGCACUGACACUUGGUGUUAAACCCACGUGUAGCAGGUUUUUGAAUAAAUUUGCCCCUCAGUCACAACAAAGUUUUGCUGGAGUUCCCUUUGGUCAAAAGGAAGAACUCACUAGGCGCAUUAGGAACAUACUGCAGGAAUAUCCACUUGAUGCAACAUUUCUUAAAGAGCUACUGCAAAAUGCUGAUGAUACUAAAGCUACUAAAAUACGAGUAAUACUUGAUAAAAGACAGCACAAGAAAAAAAAAGUACCUUCAGAAGAAUGGGGAAAAGAAUUACAAGGACCUGCCCUACUGGUAUGGAAUGAUAAGGAGUUUAGUGAUGCAGAUCUGGAGGGUAUUCAGAAGUUGGGUCUUGGUUCUAAGCGAGAUGAUGAUGAAUCAAUUGGUCAGUUUGGUAUUGGUUUCAAUGUAGUAUAUCACCUGACUGAUUGUCCUAGUUUUAUUACUAGAGGAAACACACUUUGUGUAUUUGACCCACACUGCAAAUAUGUACCAGAAGCAGAUCACUCCUGUCCUGGAAGACAAUAUAACAUUGAUGAUAACUUUUUAAAAGGUAUGAGUGAUCUUAAAUUUAGCUUUCUUCGGGUUUCAUCAUCUAACAUUCAUUUGCCUGAUAAUUUGACAACUGGUACUCUCUUUAGAUUCCCAUUACGAACACAAAGUGGAUUCCAAUCAACUGAAUUAUUAGAUAAAACAGCUUUUAAGAAACACAUUUCUGUCAAUGAAAUGGAAGAGAAGCUCACUGAGUGGGUGAAUGAAAUUGAAGAUGCUCUUCUAUUCUUGAAUCACAUCAAACAAUUUAGCUUUUAUAUCAUUGACAAUAAACAUAGCUCGUUAAAGCUGAGUUAUGAAGUAAAUAUUUCACAAGAAGACCAAAAACAGAGAGAAGCAUUCCAUCAGAAGCUGCUUUCUUUUAGAAGUAGCAAAGAGCCAUUCAUUGUCACAUACCAAGUUCAGCUUAGUAUUGUAAAGCCUUAUAUUAAAAAAACUAAAAGGUGGCUCAUUCAAAAUGGUGUUGGUAAUAUAUCAAAAUCCCCAGAAGAACAGUUAUCACUUGAUAGAGUUCAGCCAAAGUAUGGCAUUGCAGCUCCUUUGGAUGGAAAUACUCAUAUACAAGGUCGUGUUUUUUGCUUUCUGCCAUUGCCUGUGUUUACAAAUCUUCCAGUACAUGUUAAUGGUCAGUUUGCUCUACAUAACAAUCGUCGUUCACUUUGGAAUGGAGACAGGGAAGACAAUAAAAUAAAAUGGAACAGAUUCAUCUUACAAGCUAUAGCAUACUGUUAUGCAUUGCUGUUAGAUAAAGCUAGAGCCUACUUUAUAUCUGAGGCUAAAACUUACUCUUUACGAGAUGCUUCUUCAAUUAUUAACAGUUAUUAUGAUCUUUUUCCUCUAUUUGAUAAAGGUGGUGAUAGUGAAAAAUUAGAGGGUGACUGGCAUACAUUAGCUCUUAAUGUAGUGCAACAUCUUUAUGAUUGUAAUACAUCUGUUCUUGCAGUUCAGGUCCAGGCAUCACAAAGUAAAGUAAAAGUGGAGUGGUGUCCAUUAAAAAGUGAUAACGGAUUUACCCAGGUAUACUUUCAGCCUGAGUAUGUUAAGAGUAUAAUACCUGUUGUGAGUAGAAUUAGAAUGCUAGUAACUUGUGCACCUCAUUGUAUUUAUCAAACCUUUAAGAAAGUGUUUGAUCCUCCAAUAGUAAGUCCACUGUCUGUAUUUUCCUUUUAUACUAAUUUUUCUUCUUUGAUUUUGACAUCUGGUGCACCAGUUAAGCUACAGGAAAGUCCUUUUCAAACUAUUCAAUGCUUUCAAGAAUUUCUUAAAUACAUUUUAUGUCAUUCCUCUGAGUUUCCAAAAUCUCCUCAUGGCUAUCCACUCUUGCUCACAUCUGAUGAUAUUCUUAGAAAUUUUAAUCAGAACGACCAAGUACUUUUUAGUAGUUAUUUCUCACUUUUUUCUAAAAGUAAAGAUAGAUUUUUGCAUCCAGAACUAUUUAAUUUAUCUCUUUCACCAUACUAUUUUCUCAGUAUAGACAGCGGCAAUUUAUUUAGUCAAGUAUCAAAAAUACUUGAGGAUAAUUUACCAUCUAAACUAAAAGGAGAUGAAGCACCCAGCAAUGUCAUUGAUGCUCGUACCCUAAAAAAAUUAUGGGAUUGCAUUACAUCAGAUGACUACUUCAUUGUCUAUCGGAAUGAAAUUGUUCAGGAGUGGGCUUUGCUACCAGCGAGGAAUAAUAAACUCUACAGUACUGCAUCUGGUGUAUUGCCAAUUGUUGAACCGGACAUGUUUGAUCAUGCUUUUAAUGUUUUAAAGGAUUUGAAUGUCCCUAUACUCAAAUCCGAAGGGUAUCCACAAGGAAUAUUUGAUUAUUGUCCUAGCAUGACACAAUGCAAUUAUAUUUUGGAUGUCAUCUUUCAUGUAUGCAGAAAAAAUGAGCAAUACUUUACCCAAAAAGUUACAACACUAAAUGACUUACAAAUAAAGAGUCUAAUGUCAUACCUCAACAAAACAUCAUUUCAUAAUGACAAGAAGAUCCUAGACAAGAUCCUAUGCCUCCCUUUGUUCAAAAGUAUUAAUGAAACAGUCACAAAGUUACUUAAAAGAUAUGUUUAUCUUUGGCCUGAUCCUCAAUUCCCAGUAGAAGCAUAUGAUAAGUGGGCACCCAUUGACAGAAUCGUCUUUUUGGAAAGAAAUGGAUCUUGGAAAUGGUUGUGUCAAAAUAAUUUUUCUCUUCUUGGUCAGGAGUUGUCACCUACUGAAGUCUAUUGUGACAUAAUUUUUCCAGUGUUCUACAAACUAGAUUUUGAGGAACGACUGUGUCACAUGGAAUAUAUUAGAAAGUAUCUCUUUCCUAAUUUAAAACAUGCUUUACAAAUGACAGGUGAACAGAGUGAACAAGCUAUAAAGUUUGUUAACUGUGCAAAGAAAUUGCCAUUCUUAGUUUCUCAUUCAAAUGAUAAUAAACUUUAUCCUGUUAAUCAUUUUGUUGAUCAUACUAUGAAGAUAUUCAAUUUUUUCUCCGAUCGGUUUCAUUUUCUUGUUGAGGAAUAUAGAAAAAAAGAAUGGCUUGAUUUCCUGAGGUUUAUUGGUCUUCGUAUUAAGGUAACACCAGAGGAAUUUGUAGAAUUUUGUGAUGAAGUGUCAAAAAGUCAUUGUAAAGAUACUUCUAAUGUGCUUGUUGAAUAUCUAUUCUCAACUAAAGCUACUGAUAUUCAUAAGUCACCCACAUUAUUGUCUACAAUUUGUAGAAUUCCUUUUGUUUGUACUGCUGAUUUGAGUCCAUUGUUAUGGAUUGCUCCAUCACCCAAUAAUACUGGCUUUACUUGUUUUAAUGGAGCCGUUAGUUAUGAUGAAUUAAACGCUUCUCUUCUUUGGACUGUCAGACCAGUUAUACAAUUACCAUCAUGUUGCAUGUCUGUAGCUGAAAACAAUGUACUGAAUCAAUUAAGAGUAGUUUCUAAACCUUCUGUAACAGAUGUUUUUAAAAACAUUGAAAACAUUUCAAGAUCUCGUUUGGCUGACUUUGAAUUGAUGUCAACGUAUACUGUAUCAAGAACUAUUGGCAGUGCAUCUGUAGUAGAAGUUAUUAAAGACAACAUCACAUUCAUUCACAAUCAUGACAGCAGCCUAUUAGAAGAACUAUCUUUAGUUCCCUUUAUUCCUGUCAGUGCUGAACCAAAUGAUGGUUUUGAGGUUAGCAAGCCUGUACUUGUAAAUUCAAUGCAAGUUGUUAUGACUAUUAAUUCAUCAGGAUCUGAAAAAAGCACAAGAUUUUGUCCCUACAUUAAUAUAUUGCCACUCAGUUUGCAUCAUUUAUGGCCUGCAUUGUCAGAAGCAGGAGUAACAUAUAGAGUAGAGCUAAAGCAUAUACAGUAUAUGCUGGAGAGGCUCCAUCAACAAUGUAAAGAUAUUAACAAUCCUAAUGAUAAAGAAUUGGUAAGAAAUGCAAUGCAAGCACUCUCUGAUUUAUUAAAAGAUGUGACACAAGAAACUGAAAAAAUUCUGAAACCUUUGUAUCUCCCAACUUUUGAUGAUCAAUUAGUUUUAUCAACAAAGCUCGUUUAUCGUGAUAGAAAGGUUUAUUACAACCAUGAAUCUCCAUGGAAUUUCUCUGAGUCACAGUUUAAACUAUUUAGUAUUCCUUUAUUAAGAGCAGAUGAUGUCUCAGAGAAAGACCUGUGCUGCAAGUUGCCAAGAAAGCUAUCUCCAAAGCGUCUAUCUUCUGUUAGUCAUGAUAAGCUAGAAUCAGGUAUUAUAUCACAGUCCCAUAGCAAAAUAUGUGAACGGCUAGAAUACCUAAUAAAGCUUUGCUCUGCUUCAGUUUAUUGUGAUGGUCUCACAAAAAUAUUUUUAAAAGUCUCAUCAGAUCUGUCAAAACCAAAUGCUGCUUUAAUAGUUAAUUUCAUUAAGAAUCUUCAAUGCAAAACAGUCAUUAACUUUAUUGCAUGUGUAACCAUUAAUUCAAUUAAAGUUGGUGCAAUUAAAGCCAAAUUUCUCUUUAUAUGUGAUGAGGAUGAGAACUAUACUUUUUAUAGCAGUGAUGAAAUUAAUACUAUUGAUAUGACAUUACGAAGAGGUCUUGCUCAUGAACUUUGUAAUGUAUUGGCACGGGUUGUAGGUAAUGAAGCUAUAAAAUUGAAUGAAAUAAUGUAUGAACUUCUUGAAGUUCAGAGUGAGGAAGAUUUCAAAUCAAUUAUGAAGUUACAUAAUCAGGAUGUCAAUAUUGAUAGGGAAUAUUUAAUCAGUGCUGAUGAUAGCAUGCCAAAGCCUGGGCAACCCAUGGCAAGGUACUGGAGGUCAUUUCUCGAUCACAAUGUCAAUAAUAUAUUUCGUCCUCAGGAGUGGGUUGGGUAUGAAAAAAGUGAUGAUAAUUUUAUUUGGGCCAUCAUACUUCAUCAAGUAGAGCAAGAAGAUGUCGACAAUCAUUUCUUAAGGAAAUAUGCCAUUCAGAUUGAUAAUGAAGAUGAAAUCCAUGAAGAAAUUGUAUCUAUACUUUGCCUGUAUAAGCUUGUACGUCGAGAGGCAUCUGUGGCUCCUAAUCAUCAUCAAGAAAUAGUUUUACGUAGUGGGAUUCAAACUAGAUCUAGCAGAGCAAGGGUUGAGACCGAGAAUGAUGAUCUUAACAGUCUAAGAAGAAAAAUAUGUGAGCAGCUUAGGCUAUUGUGGAGUCUACCAGAUGCUGAAAGGAGAAGAGGGGUGAGGCGGUUGUAUCUGCAAUAUCAUCCUGAUAAAGCUGAACCAUCUAAAGUGAGUAUUUAUGAAGAGGCUUUCAAAUUUUUAAAAUGUCAAAUCAAUCGUCUGGAGAACAAUCUCCCAUUACUUGACCCUGAUAUUACUGAAUCUAGUCAACACACAGAAACUAGCUUUGGGUCACAUUGGGAAUCAAAUUUUAACCAGUGGGAUAGAAGUGCACGCAAUAGAAGAUAUGGACAUGGUGGAGGUUUUCAGCCUCAAGUUGAUAAGAUUGAGGCUAAGCGUUGGAUGAGACAGGCAAAGUCUGAUCUACGAGCUAUGAAAGGUUUACUCUCGUUGUCUAUAGAAGAAGUCUCAUCUCAACUCAUAUUUAUGGCUCACCAGGUAAUGGAAAAGGCUCUUAAGGCUGGUAUGUAUGCCUUAUUGGGAUUAAAUGAGGUUUAUCUUAAACGUCAUGAAUUGAUUGUUCAUGCAAGAGCUCUUAGUUCAUGUGAAGGAUCACUAUCAGAACUAAAUAAUUUAGUAUCUAAUAUGGAGCAGUAUUACUUAGACACACGUUAUCCUAAUAGACACACCAGACCAAGUGCACCAGUUGAUAAGUAUAGUCUUCAUCAAGCUUCUGAUAUAGCUAAACGUGCAGAAAAAGUCUAUCAUUUGAUUUAUGUUUUGGUACAGUAG